CCCGAGAACUGCUCCUCCCGCCAGCCGCUGCUUUAAGAGGCUGCUCCGCGGUAGCGAGCGGGGCCGGAGCCGCAGCCCGAACGAGCGGACCGAGCCGACCGGGCAGGUGCACGGCUGCGGGGACGGCAGCGGCAUGACCGGCCACCACGGCUGGGGCUACGGCCAGGACGACGGCCCCUCGCAUUGGCACAAGCUGUAUCCCAUUGCCCAGGGAGAUCGCCAAUCACCCAUCAAUAUCAUCUCCAGCCAGGCUGUAUACUCUCCCAGCCUGCAACCACUGGAGCUUUCCUAUGAGGCCUGCAUGUCCCUCAGCAUCACCAACAAUGGCCACUCUGUCCAGGUAGACUUCAAUGACAGCGAUGACCGAACCGUGGUGACUGGGGGCCCCCUGGAAGGGCCCUACCGCCUCAAGCAGUUUCACUUCCACUGGGGCAAGAAGCACGAUGUGGGUUCUGAGCACACGGUGGACGGCAAGUCCUUCCCCAGCGAGCUGCAUCUGGUUCACUGGAAUGCCAAGAAGUACAGCACUUUUGGGGAGGCGGCCUCAGCGCCUGAUGGCCUGGCUGUGGUUGGUGUUUUCUUGGAGACAGGAGAUGAGCACCCCAGCAUGAAUCGUCUGACAGAUGCGCUCUACAUGGUCCGGUUCAAGGGCACCAAAGCCCAGUUCAGCUGCUUCAACCCCAAGUGCCUCCUGCCUGCCAGCCGGCACUACUGGACCUACCCGGGCUCUCUGACGACUCCCCCGCUCAGUGAGAGUGUCACCUGGAUUGUGCUCCGGGAGCCCAUCUGCAUCUCUGAAAGGCAGAUGGGGAAGUUCCGGAGCCUGCUUUUUACCUCGGAGGACGAUGAGAGGAUCCACAUGGUGAACAACUUCCGGCCACCACAGCCACUGAAGGGCCGCGUGGUGAAGGCCUCCUUCCGGGCCUGAGCUGCCCACCUGCCUAGCCGGCCACUAGGGCACCAUCUUCCCAAGGGCUUCCAUGUCAGCAGACACCAAACCAUCUGAGGCUCCCUCCCUGGGGGGUGCUGGGGACCCUCCUUCAGCCAGUUUGCUCCUUGGUCGCCCUGGAGGCUUCUGGAUGGGACCCUUGAGUCUGGGGCACCCAUCAGCUGCCCUGGGGACAGGAAGGACAGGAGCUAAGCAGGGUCCAAGCCUGGGGCUGCCUCUGCUUUCCAAGACCCAAAGACCCCUGGGAACCUCCUCUGGUCUUCCCCACUGGCAGUGGCAGCAGCCCCACCCCGAGCACACACUGUGAUGGAGGAGACCGAGCUCCCUGGGGCGGGCAGCUGACACUACCAGAGAGACUCAAGCAAUAAUUAGAGGUGGGCAGAGCUGCCCUCUCGGCAUUACCUCUUCUGCAGGCUCUGCCAUGCACGCACCUCACUGCCAGGCCAUUAAAAUCAGCACUCAGCAUGCUGGAGGUGACGUGGCCUUCUCCCUCCAGCCACCUGCUGCCACGGGCAGGCCCUGGCUAUAGCUUAUACAGUAUCUCCCCUCGUGCCCACCCAGUCACCAAAGCCACCUACAUGACAAUCCAUCCCUGUUGAAUUAAUAAAUUCAUGUAUCCAUGCAACAAA